GGUCUCGCUACCAAGAUGACCAAGAAAAGAAGGAAUAAUGGUCGUGCCAAAAAGGGCCGCGGCCACGUGCAGCCUAUUCGCUGCACCAACUGCGCCCGUUGUGUGCCCAAGGAUAAGGCCAUUAAGAAGUUCGUUAUUCGGAACAUAGUAGAGGCCGCCGCCGUCAGGGACAUUUCCGAAGCGAGUGUCUUUGACGCCUAUGUGCUUCCCAAGCUGUAUGUGAAACUACAUUGUGUGAGUUGUGCCAUUCACAGCAAGGUAGUCAGGAAUCGCUCUCGUGAAGCACAGAAGGACCGAACACCCCCACCCCGAUUUAGACCUGCGGGUGCUGCCCCACGACCUCCACCAAAGCCCAUGUAAGGAGCUAAGUCCUUAAGGACUGAAGAAAAGCUGUUCUCCAGAAAAAAAAUAAAUGGCGAUUACACAUCAU